GUGCAUAAUUGGCACAUAAGCUCGCCAGGACGAUCCCUUUUACAACCUCCCUGAAUUGCGGUCGGGUCGCGCGCUCCACCUCCUUCAUCCCGGGUGCAUGUGAGCAUGACGGGCCCUUCAGAUGACCGAUCCAGAACGGCCUCCUCCGAAAGCCAUAUCUUCUCGCCAAUUGAUAUCGGAAAGUCUCGACAACAGCACCGCCAGCUGCCAGGUCACGAUGCCCCCCUCCAAUUUGAAUCAUCUGCUCGCCGUGCCGCAUCCAUGACUAUAUCAUGGUGCAGCAAGUCGAGGACCCCCUCUGUUUGGCAGCAUCCAUGCACGACACCAGAUCUGCACGUCGCCCGGGCCGCACAUGACUGGAUCUCCCCGAUAGGCCAAUGCUCGCCUGUUUGCCCUGUGCCGGCGCCUUGCUCGCCCUCAACCCGGCCGCCUGCCGCUGCCCGCGGGGAGUCCCUGCGUCGUGAAGCAGCCCGCAGCCUCUCUCCGCCUCUCAUCCAACUCUGCAGCUCGUCUGCCCUGUUUCGAAUCUUGUCGACGGCGAUGCAGACGCAGUUGCUGCCCCGGUCCUGCAAUCACAGCAUGGGCCACGUCGUCAAUGGCGUCUGCUGAGACGAGACGACGGCGCCACACGUCAGACGUCGAAGGAGUGUUCGACGCCAGGGCCAGGUGUUGAGGUGUGAGAGGUCGGUGCGGCACCAAUGGUAGUGUGCUUUCUGGAACGCUGCACAGUGCGUCCUUUGUCAGUGGCACAGCACAGAGUAGGGAGUGGUUGUACAACACAUUCCUGGAUAAAGGGAGAUCGUGUCGCCUCACGAACU